AUGCAUCUACAGCCAGGCUCAAACCAUGUCUCGCCGUCACCAGAACCAACAGUGUCUUCACAACCGGCGCAGCCUGCAGGAGUGAUCCUCGUCCCGGAGUACUUUCACCAGGCCGAUAUGAACCAUCUCACCAUCAUGAUUGUACACCGCUUCAUCAUUGCGUCAGUCACUCUCGCGGCGAAGGCCGUCUGCGACUCUUAUUGCACCAACUCUCACUAUGCCAAGGUUGGAGGUUUGAGCACACAGGAGCUAAACAGUCUGGAGGUCGAGUUUUUGGGAUUGAUCGAGUGGCGAGUCGCUGUCGAGGGAACCAUGAUGCAGCGAUACUAUGUCAACCUGGUAAGGCAGCACUCACAGUUCGAGAUCGCAGAGUCAGCCCACCCUCACCACCAGCACUCUGCAUCGGACUCUCAGAACGACGAGGAUGAGAACAUGAACAGUAGUUCAGACGGUUCAGAGAACGAGCCAGGCCAGAGCGAAGGCUCCGUUGUCGCAGAGACCGACUAUGUAGAAGGACUACGAGAUCAAUGGGUGCCCAUGGGAGAAUAG